AAGGGGGCGGGUGGGGGGUGGGGGAUCUGGAGUGGCCCGCGGCCUGGAGACUGGGAGGACCAGGAGCUGCGCCAGACGACCCAUCUCGCCACAACUUGCCCUAGCGAGACACGUUACAUCCUGCGCCCUGCAAGAAGGAACCGGCCCGCCUCUUACAGCUCCGCUGCUGCUCGGCCUCCGCGGGCCCUGCCUGCGCCAGCAGCACCCUUCCCUGGGAUCUGGGUCCCCUGUGUCGCCCCCGUCCGCCUGCAGCGCCCGGGCUCCGCCAGGAGCGCGCAGCUGGGGUACUGGGGGAUAUAUUGGUGAGCAGGAGAGACCACGGCCCUUGCUCCUGCAGACCCUGCAACCCAGUGGAUGGAGCCCAGAGUCCACAGACCUACCAGGAAAGAAAACAAUUUUCCUGAUGGUGGGUCCAAGCCGGGACUCCCCGGUGGAUUGAGGAAAGUCUGGCUUUUCCUCAGUUUACAGAUCUCUGUGGUAACCACUGGUGACCCCCAGAAGGCCCAAGAAUGAGAGGCCUGAGGUCUACGAGUUGCUGCUAAAAAUAUUUUAGCUUCUACAGAAAACAGAAUGCAGCGCCCGGCCAAGUUUGUAAGGGCCCUGGGCGCACGCUGACCUCGCGGAGUGCCCUUUGCUGGGUUCGGACCUGGGCGCUGCCAUAGCAACGUCCUGGACGCCCAGACCUUAGGCCGCCGCCGCCGCCGCCGCCGGGUACCUGGCCUCAUCCAGCUCCCGAGGGGUGUGGCGGCGGCGGCCUUCGAGGCGGACCCGACCGGUAGACUAGACCGCCCCGCUUCUGCGGUCCAAGCAGAGCGGCGGAUUGGCUUGCAAGCAUGCCCUUCCAGAAGCACGUCUACUACCCGCUCGGCGGCUGCCCGGAGGGUCCCGACAUCCCCGUGGCCGCUGGCGGCGCCUCGUCCAUGGCCUUUAUCCCCCCCAGCGCGGCUUCGGGCCCCAUGCCUUUCUUCCAGUUUCGGCCGCGGCUGGAGAGCGUGGACUGGAGGCGGCUGAGCGCCAUCGACGUGGACAAGGUGGCCGGGGCAGUGGACGUGCUGACGCUGCAGGAGAACAUCAUGAACAUCACCUUCUGCAAGCUGGAGGAUGAGAAGUGCCCGCACUGCCAGUCCGGCGUGGACCCAGUGCUGCUGAAGCUCAUCCGCCUGGCGCAGCUCACCAUCGAGUACCUGCUGCAUUCGCAGGAGUUCCUCACCGCGCAGCUGCACGCCCUGGAGGAGCGACUGCACCUGAGCCGCGGGGAGGGCGAGCAGAGCAAGAAGCUGAUCGCCAAGCAGGCGGGGGAGCUCAAACUGCUCAAGGAGGAGUGCAGACGCAGGAAGAAGAUGAUCUCCACCCAGCAGCUGAUGAUCGAGGCCAAAGCCAGCUAUUACCAGUGCCAUUUCUGUGACAAGGCCUUUAUGAACCAAGCUUUCCUACAAAGUCACAUUCAGCGGCGCCACCCUGAAGAUUCUCACUUUGCAGAGUAUAAGAAAAAGGCGCAGACUGACAAGCUCCAGAAUGAGAUUGACUUGCUGAAGGAGCAGCUGCAGGUCACCCAGUCCCAGUUAGAGGCGGCCCAGCACGCCCAUGCAGUCAGACUGUCCAAGGAAUAUGAAAUGCAGAAAACAAAAGAGGAAGACUUUCUGAAGUUAUUUGAUAGAUGGAAAGAAGAAGAAAAGGAGAAACUGUUCGAUGAAAUGGAAAAGGUCAAGGAGAUGUUUAUGAAGGAGUUUAAAGAACUAACUUCUAAGAAUUCAGCUUUAGAAUACCAACUGUCAGAAAUCCAGAAGUCCAAUCUGCAGAUCAAGUCCAACAUAGGCACAUUGAAAGAUGCACAUGAAUUUAAAGAAGACCGUUCUCCAUAUCCCCAGGAUUUCCAAAAUGUGAUGCAGCUUCUUGAUAAUCAGGAAAGCAAGUGGACAGCACGAGUUCAAGCUCUUCAACAGGAACACAAGAAAGAAAAAGAUCGGCUCCUGUCACAUAUAGAGAAACUUCGAACCUCAAUGAUAGAUGAUCUAAAUGCAAGUAAUGUUUUCUACAAGAAGAGGAUUGAAGAGCUAGGGCAGAGACUCCAGGAGCAGAAUGAGCUCAUCAUAACUCAGAGACAGCAGAUUAAAGAGUUUACCAGCAAACCGUUAAAUGGCACCAGUGAACCCAAAGGGAAGGCUUUAGCCUGGCAAACUUUUGACUCUAAGCCAACUGCCCCAGCUAUACCAAUGAACGCUCCAGCCCCACAGACCUUGGAAGCUAAAUCAAGUCUCACAAUGGCACAUGAACAGGCAUUCUCAUCGCACAUACUAGAGCCAAUUGAAGAACUUUCAGAGGAAGAAAAAGGAAGGGAAAAUGAACAGAAAUUAAGUAACAACAAAGUGAAUUUAAGGAAAGCUUUGAAGAGUAACCCCACCCUCACUAAGGAAAUAAGAACAAUCUUGGAACAGACCUUGGUGGAGAAACUAGAAACCUUGGGGAUUAAUGCGGAUAUACGUGGUAUUCCAAGUGAUCACUUGAAUAAGGUGCUGAGAAAUGUGGAGUUGGCCAGAUAUGAGCUAGAAAGACAAAUACCUAACAUUCAACAAAUUCGAGAAUUCCUUGAACAUCAGGUCAGCUGUAAAAUUGAGAAAACAUUACUCUCUUCAGAUAAGUUCAAUGUUUCUCAAAUGGAUAACCUUUCAAAUGGAGAAGUACCCAAAGGGAUACAACUUCCUCCCAAAAGCAGACAGUUGAUUAGACAAAGACCUGUUUUUACAGAUAAGACAUCUGUUCCAAAAAUUAAGAAAAAUUUCACAGAAGAUCAUUUUCCCAGAAAGUCUUCAAUUAUUACGACACCUCCCUUCAGUUCAGAGGAGGAGCUGGAGGAUGACAACCUCGUCCAGACCUACGUGUGCCCAGACCUGCUUCCUGUGCCACCACCUCACACCUUGGUAAAGAACGUCGUUAAGAGUGACAUGGAUUGGACCGAGGAAAGUGAAACAGAGGACUCAGAUGCUUCUCCUAAGCCCACCGGAACCUCUAUUAAAACACUAACUGAAAAAGUUGAAAAGACGGGUCUACUUCACAGAAAUGUGAAUAAACCAGUUGGUGGGGUUAAUGUUGCUGAGGUCUUUAUCAAAAAGGAGGAAUCACAGGAAGAACUAAAGUGCGCAGACGUAGAUGACGAUGACUGGGACAUAUCGUCCUUAGAGGAAGAAAAAUCUGUGGGGAAAAAAACUGGGAAAGAACAGAAGGAACCUCCACCACCUGUGAAGCAUGAGUCAAAUUUCAGUCAAGUGCCAAGUGCCUGGGGUGCAUUUGUCCCUAAGGUGCCAAAGGGAGAAGGUUCGCCACUUUCAUUCUGAUUACUUGUGUUUCAUCUCCAUAAAUAUCUAAUUAUGGACUUCAAGAUAAUGAAGUAAGCACAUUAAAAAGUAGCCUAGUCACUGUGACUGAUUGGAGUGACUCUUCAGAUGUAUAAUUACAAUUACGCACAUCAGAAGGUUCUUCCAGAAGCCAACACUAUUUCAGCAUCACGUACUUCAGUAAUCUGCCUGCGCGGUUCCAAGGCUCCUGCUACGAUAACAAGGAAGGUGAUUCAAAGAAUAAGGGUCUCUUCAAUGGCACCUAAUAACAGUAUUGAAAAACAAAUUGUCAACAGUAUUUUGAAGCAUACAAAGGCGUUUAAGACUUCCACUGCUUACAAAUAACCUGUCAUUGAAGUCAUAAAAAGUUUUUUCUUCAGAACAGUACAGUGUUAAGUGUUUUUUAUUUUUCAAGUAAUUUUCAAUUGAUUUUUUUAACAUACAGCAGAGUUUGAUUUGAAUUAUUAAAACGUUCAAAAUAUUUGUUCUCAUGUAUAUUGUAACAUUGGAAGUGUUUUUCAUUUUAAAAUGCCAUUAGUAUCCUUAAAAUUCAGUUAGUGGACUCAGUGAAAUCUUAAGCGUUAGACUGGUUAUUUUUCACGUAGAAGUUUAGAAUUAUAUACUACAGGUAGGUCCACGUUAAAUACAUUUUCCUGAAGUACCUUUAUCAAUUUCAGCUUUAACCCACUGUUAGUAUGUUGCUAUUAAAGUUGUUUUCUGUAGCAUAAUCUUUAUCUUGACUCUUUCAUGAAUAAAAUCUAGCUAUUUUAAAUGCCAGUUUACCAGAAUUUGAAUAGAAAAGAUUGAGUAAUUACUGAAUUUUUAUUUGUGUGUAGGAUUUUUUUUUACUUCUUAAAAAUACCCAACUCAUAUUAUAAAAUACCUCAAAACCCAUUUAGCUAUAUUCUUGAGCAAUGACAUUGUCAAAGGUCGAAAAAGUAGUAUAAACUGGUUUUUGCAUUUUUAAAAUACUUUGUGGUACUAUCUGUACUCUGUUUCCAGGAAAAAGUAACAUUUUAUCUAAACUUGUUGGAUUUGGGGUCUCUUUCCAUUUGUUAACCUUUUUAGUAAAGCCCUCCCAUCACAUCAUUGUGGCUGUGGCUGAGUUAUUAGAGAUGAGUUCUGUGUUAAAUGCCCCUAAUUAGGGGGUCUACUAAGGGAGAUGCUUCCCUUGGUGUUCAUGCCAUGUAAUGUGCUGACCUAACUAGAACAAAUCUUGUUUCUACCCCUAAUCCCCAGGGUCUGUUUUACUCAGUAGUGCAUCCCACUCUAAAAACUCCUUCCAGCUCUUCCCCAAAGGCCUUUUCAUGCGAAUGUACUCACAUUAUUUGUAUAUUUCUACAAGCUUGAGUAAAAGCUGACUCAGAUUUUCAUGCAAUAGGACAGAGUUAAGCAACCUACAAAAUUGUGCCAUGCCUAAGAUGACCCAUGGGUCACGUGGUUCAGUUCAUUAUUUAUUCAACAAAUAUUUAUUGAACCACUUGGUUUUGUGUUGUUAUUAUUUUUUUUUCUUCUUUUUAGAGAUGGGGCCUCUCUCUGUCACCCAGGCUGCAGUGUUCUGUUUUGGACACACAUUCAUUCAUUGAGUUACACCUUUGAGUUAUAUCAUAGUUAUUGUUACCAGCCUCUUCCUAAAGAUGUGAGAAACUGAGAGUUAUUGAGGAACUUGACCAAGCCCUAAAACUAGAACAUGCCGAGAGCAGGUUUAAACCAGGUCUCUCUUCUGGGUCUGCUGAGUAGACCCUGAGAAGAAAGGCUUGGGGAAACAAUCAACGUCUACCAAGUAAACCCAAUGUUUAAGUUGCUCUAUCUGUGUCAUAAAAGCCACUGCUAUAAUUUACUUGGUUAAUUGCAUCUUUUUUUUUCUUUUACAUUUGUUUUGUUCAUUUUUCUUUGGACAGGGUUACUUUACACUGAUGCCCAGCAUACAUGUUUCUGGACGCUAACAGAACUUUUCUGUACCUUCGUACUCUGCUUUUCCUAAAUUCUUCAAUAGAAUCUAAGUACUAUCUUCACCAGCUCAGCUCUGAAUAAAGAACAUGUGUUGGAAAUGCACAGCCACACAGCCCCAUUCCACACUGGCCUGCAGCACACCUUCCCUCUGUCUUUCAGUUGGUUAAUAUCUCUGGAAAAAAUAUUGCAAGUACUAUCAUAGUAUAGAAUUUUUUAUUUUGACUUUCUUUUUAGCAAACAUGUUCAUUUCCUGUAUUUUUUCAUUAAGCUCCUGUGAACAAUGUGAUUUUCCUUUUAAGUCUUUCACACUUUGGGGAAAUGUCACAUUCACCCAUGUCAUGAUUCAUAUCAGAUAGUUUCUUAUUCCAAGAUAACACAGAUUCUAACGCUUAUCCACACCUUGAAACCACAUAUUUUAUCCCAGACCAUCUUGGUUCACAGGCCUGGAUUUGUCAUUACCGUGGCAAGUUACCUAAGCCCUCUGUUCUCAUUUCCUCCUCUGUGAGUAUAGGUGGUUAACAGUAGGGACCUCAGCGGAUGGCCGCGGGCGUGAGCCAGGCCACGUGAGACCUGUGCUGCUAACCUGUGGUAACUCUUGCCCUCACAUGCUGUUACACAGGGUGGCGCUAGGAAGAAAUCUUUAUCUUUGUUCAGCAAUCCCUGGAGCAACUUUGGUGCCUUAAAAGAUGGCAGGUGUCUCAAUUACCCAGUUAGUUCCAUAAACAGGACCUGGGUGACAGGAUGGAGCUCAGCCUGUCAGUUCAAAGUGAAGCAGAUACCACACAAGCUCUGGAGGCAGCCACGACCAGUGUCUCUGCUUUCUGUGCCAGAGAGGCCUGAGCUGUCACUUAAGGUGGGUGUGUCACAUAAAGGGCAGUCAUAUCCCAAUCCCCUCUCAAGCAAUCUGAAUGAAUUACAGACAUGACAGAUGGGUGUCAAGAACUAGAAGUCCACUUGCAGCCAGUAAUAUGUCUGUUUAACAUAGACACCUUUUGGGGAAUAUUCUCAGACAGUCCUCAUGCCGUUUAUG